UCUACUAGUAGGGUUAGCUUUUGUUUCCGCAUCGCCGGUGUAUGUAUAUAUAUAUAUGCUUGUAUUGUAUUUAUGCAUAUUUUUGCAUGAGCUGAGCUCCUUCUCUCUCUUGACCAGCUUCUUCUUCGGAUCCCAAUUUCGAGCUUGAUUCCUCGUUGCAAAGGUGAUCGAUCAUCUUACUGGUGGAAGAUCGAUUGAUGCUUUAUUAGCAAACUCUGCUCUAAAUCCUAAAGUGUUCUAUAGUUCACCAAUUAGCCAAGGAAUGCGGAAUGAUGUGCUUGAGAUCCAUCAUGUUUCUUGAGCUCAAUGAGAUUGAAGCUCCAUCUGAGCUGACCUCAUUUAUCCUUGAUGCGACCGGACACAUAAUUGGCAGCCCUUUCUUCGUCUCUGCUCGUGUCUCGGCUGUGGAUGAAUAUUUUACAAGACAAGACGGGGUCAUCGGUCUGGUGAUCUUUGUGAAGAUAGCUGAACUCUUAUGAUCCUCAAUUUGAUCCCCUUUCGGUAAAAAGCUCCAUUGCGCGCCUUUGAUUUUGUUAACAGAGCAGCAUACUAGUGUGCAUUACUUUCUGCGACUUGAGAUGGACGAUAAAGGGAGUGUAUUGAUGCGCAAGUAUGAGCUAGGGAGUUUACUGGGACGAGGAACCUUCGCCAAGGUCCACCAUGCAUGGGACCUUAAAACUGGCCUGAAUGUGGCAAUUAAGAUAAUUGACAAAGAGAAAGUUCUGAAGGUUGGGAUGAUGGAUCAGAUCAAGCGGGAGAUUUCAGUGACAAGGCUGGUCAGACACCCUAAUGUUGUGCAGAUUUAUGAAGUUAUGGCCAGCAGAACCAAAAUUUACUUUGUCAUGGAAUAUGUUAAAGGUGGUGAACUUUUCGACAAGGUAGCAAAAGGGAAGCUUGAAGAGGAUGCUGCGAGGAAGAUUUUCCAACAGCUGAUCGGUGCUGUUGAUUUUUGUCACAGCAGAGGUGUUUAUCACCGGGAUCUGAAGCCGGAGAACCUACUAUUGGACAAGGAUGGGAACCUAAAGGUUUCGGACUUUGGAUUGACUGCCCUUGCUGAAUCUAAGCGUCGAGAUGGGUUGCUCCACACAGCUUGUGGAACACCUGCCUACGCUUCUCCUGAAGUGAUCAGCAGAAUAGGAUAUGAUGGAACUAAAGCUGACAUCUGGUCCUGCGGAGUCAUCUUAUAUGUUCUACUAGCUGGCUAUCUCCCAUUCCGUGACUCAAAUUUGAUGGAGAUGUAUAGGAAGAUUUGCCAAGCCGACUUCAAAUUCCCCAAGUGCUUCUCCCCGGAAGCACGCAGACUGCUGGUGAAGAUACUGGACCCGGACCCAAGUACGCGAAUAUCCAUUCCCGGGAUCCUGAAAAGUUCUUGGUUCCAAAAGGGCUUCAUUGAAUGCAAUCCCAAGAUAACUGACGACAUGGAAGCAGACAGACUCAAUGCGGAUGGCUUAUUUGGUGCAAAUUGCGAGGAUAACAAAACUGCAGCAGAGGUAAAGGAAGAAUUGGAAAAGCCUAGCAACUUCAAUGCUUUCGAUAUCAUAUCACUCUCAUCUGGGUUUGACUUGACUGGUUUGUUUGAGGAUAACGGGCAGAAGAGGCAGGUGCGUUUUUCAUCCAGGCAGACCGCGAAGAUUAUCGUUUCCAAGAUUGGGGACAUGGCAAGGCGUGUGGGGCUGAGAGUAAGGAAGAAAGACGGGGGGUUGUUGAAACUGGAAGGAGGAGAGGGGGGCAGGAAAGGGGCCCUGUCUAUUGAGGCUGAAAUAUUUGAGCUCACUCCCACACUUCAUCUGGUUGAGGUGAAAAAAUCUAGCGGAGAUACUUUGGAGUAUCUCAAGUUAAUGAAGCAGGACAUAAGGCCAGCGCUCAAAGACAUCAUCUGGACUUGGGAGGGCGAUCAGCUGCCGCCCCAGCAGCAUCAACAGCAAGACCAAUUCCGGAGAGUCUAGCUUUCUGAUGCUAUAUAUGCUGUUAUUGGCCAUUGCGGCAGUAGGAUGGAACCACACCAUUAAGUAACAAUAACGGACGUUGGUGCUUGGCUAGCUAUGUAACUACUAUUUUGACUUCACUAAAUGAAAUGAAAUGCUCUUCUCUUUCAA